AUGGAGUCUGUAUCCACGAGUUCUGUUAUGGAUAUUUUAAACUUGUUGAAGGCUUGUUGCUCUCAGUCAUGCAAUUAUAUCAUGACCUAUGGGGGGACUUUUAGCUCCUUGGCCAGUGAGGUUGGGCAGCUGAAGGACAAAAGUUCCGAUGUCAAGAGAGAUGUCGAGGCAGCAACAAGGGAUGGCCAGACUCCCAGGAGCGAAGUGCUUGGGUGGCUAAGCUCCGUGCAAGACAUGGAAGGUGAAGCCGAGUCGAUAGAGAGAAAAUACAACCAAAAGAUCAAGUGUUUGUGUAGCUUCCCACUCAACGUUUGUUCUGCCUACCGUCUCAGAAACAGAGCUGAAGCAGCACUUGCCACAAUCAGAGAGCUCAAACAAAGUGCAGAGUUCACUAAGCUCGCAGAUAACCUGAAUCUUACCCGCUCCAUCAAGAUGCCAACCACCAAAACUAUCGGCAUGGACAAGGUCUUCGAGGAGCUUCAACGCCAUGCCAAAGAUGAUAGUUUGAGUGUGAUUGGCAUCCACGGAAUGGGUGGUGUGGGCAAGACAGCACUCUUGAGAAGAUUCAACAAUGAUUUCCCGAGUGAAACAGAGGCAGACGUGGUAAUCUUCCUUGAGCUAUCAAUAGACUAUAAGCUGGAGGAAGUCCAGAAAUCUUUAUUCGAUCGACUGAGUUUGACAUGGCAGGAUGAGGUCACACACAGAGACAGAGCAACCAAAUUAUUUAGAGUCCUGAGUACGUUGAAAUUCAUAUUGUUACUCGAUAAUCUAUGGGAGCCCCUAAAUUAUCAGGUUGUUGGAAUUCCACUUCCCGCGCCUCCAUCAAAGUGCAAGAUCAUAUUCACAACCCGAACAGAAGACACUUGCAGCCACAUGGGCACAGAAAAGAUGAUUAAAAUGGAAUGCUUAGAAGAGGAGGCAGCCUGGAAUCUCUUCAGAAAUAGUGCAAGGAUGGAUGUCAUUGACGCCGACAAGAAUGUACGGAUCGAAGCUAGAGAUUUAGUCAAGGAAUGUGGCGGCUUGCCUGCAGCUCUCAUUGUGCUGGCACAAGCAAUGGCGCCUAAAAAGACGUGGGAAGAGUGGAUGCAUGCCUUGACCAUCAUGAAGGACACACCCCACCAACUUCCUGGUAUGACAAAUAAUGUUUUUUCUAUCCUGAAAUUAAGCUAUGAUCGUCUAUCCAGUGACAACAUGCGAGUUUGCGCCUCUUAUGGUGCAUUAUUCAUAAAAGGAUCUUGGAUUGGCAAAUUUAAUAUUAGGAAUUCAUGGAUAGGUGAAGGGAUUAUUGAUAAUGUGCAGAAUGUAAUGGAUGCUGACCACAAGACACAGUUUCUACUUGGCAUACUACAUGCAGCAUCUUUAACCGUAAGGGUUCAUGAUGACUACUUCACGAUGCAUCCCAUGACCCGGGCCAUGAUAUUGUGGGUGCAACGUGAGUGCGGGAAGAAGGAGAACAAAUGGUUGGUGCGGGAUAGGGAGCGGGUCGAAGAAGCACCGGCAGCUGAGAAAUGGCGAGAUGCAGAGAGAAUUGCACUUGUGUGGAACCAAAUAAGUGACCUUCCAGAAGCACCUCAAUGUCCUAACUUGAUUUUUCUGAAUCUUCAAUUUAACAAAUUUCUCAGGAAGAUUCCUAAUGGCUUCUUCUUGCACAUGCCUCCCCUCAGAAUCCUUGAUUUGCAACAGACUUCUAUAGAGGAGCUACCGGUAAGCAUUGGUAAUCUGGUGCAACUACACUUUCUUGAACUAUCCAGAACUAGGAUUACUUCUCUACCAAAGGAGAUGGCAGCACUAGUAAAUCUCAAAUACUUGUCGUUGGCAUUCAUGAAAUAUUUGAGAAUCAUUCCUGACCAACUAAUCUCCAGUCUUCGAGAGUUGCAGUGGCUUAUCAUGAUGGACAGCUACAGUGGGUGGAAGGAAGGACAGAGUUGUUGA